GUCCGCAGUGCGGACUAGAGGUCCAGGUUGUAGACUGGCAGGCAGUGCGGGCCGCAGAGAAGCGGUGAGUGAAGGACUGAGCCUGGGAGGAGCGAGCAUGUCUCAGGACCCGAUUGCCCGGCGACUAGCACCGCCAUCGCUACUGUCGCUGCUGAUCCUGCUCCUGCUGUCGCGAGUCGGGGCUCUGCGUCCGGAUGAGCUCUUCCCUUACGGAGAGUCGUGGGGAGACCAGCUGCUACUAGAGGGCGACGACGAAAGCUCAGCAGCCGUGAAGCUGGCAGUACCCCUACACUUCUACGAUGUCCAGUUUAACGACCUCUACGUGGGCACCAAUGGCAUCAUCUCCACCCAGGACUUCCCCAGGGAGACUCAAUAUGUAGAUGAUGAUUUUCCUACUGACUUCCCAGCCAUCGCCCCCUUCCUGGCUGACAUCGACACAAGUAAUGGCAGGGGCCGGAUCCUGUACCGCGAGGACACCUCCCCUGCCGUGCUGGGUCUGGCGGCCCAGUAUGUUCGUACAGGCUUCCCGCUGUCUGCAUUCAACUUCACCCCCACCCACGCCUUCCUGGCCACCUGGGAGCACGUGGGCGCUUACGAGGAGGUCAGGCAUGGGGCUGCACCCUCGGAAGAGCUGAACACUUUCCAGGCAGUUCUGGCAUCUGAUGGAUCUGAUACCUACGCCCUCUUUCUCUAUCCUGCCAAUGGCCUUCAGUUCUUUGGAACCCGUCCCAAAGAGUCCUACAAUGUCCAGUUGCAGCUUCCUGCUAGGGUGGGCUUCUGCCGAGGGGAGGCAGAUGACCUGAAGAGAGAAGUGCCAUAUUUCAGCCUGACGAACACUGAGCAGUCUGUGAAAAAUCUCUACCAACUAAGUAACCUGGGGAUUCCUGGAGCAUGGGCUUUUCAUAUCGGCAGCAGGGUUCCCCUGGACAGUGUCAGGCCAGCAACAGUUGAAGGCGACCUUUCUGCAGCCCACUCUUCAGCUUCUCUGGAGCACUCCUUCAGCCAAGCUGCAGCCCUGGAGAGCUAUUCUGAGGACAAUUUUGAUUACUACGAUGAGAAUGAAGAGGACGUUGAAUACCCACCAGUUGAACCAGGGGUGGCUUUGGAUGGCCACAGCAGAACUGAUGUAUCAUUCAAUUCAAAGUCUGAUCCAGGCCCUGUCCAAAGUGGGACCUUGUCUCCAGAUCCUAACCAGGCUUCUCCUUUGCCACACCGUGGUGACUGGUCACCCUAUUGGGAGACAGAAUCAGCUUCCUUGGACCUUCAAACCAAACAGGGAGCAUCUGUGGGAGAGGUAGAGGUCCUGGAUUUCAAGGACCCAGUGAAGCUUUUGGAUCAGAUGGGUACCAGAACCCUGGCUCCUCUGAGGGCAGAUGUAGCUUUCCUGACUCCAGGCAAGGAAGAUCUUGGGAACAGAAGCAGUCAGCCCUACCCCGAUGCAGGGCCAGAACCUUCAGAGCUGGAUGUUCCUGUCCCUCCUCUGGAAGGAGAAGUCCUUCCAGAUUACCCAGUGUCUGGUCAUGUGCCUACCCAUGGAGGGAGGUAUGUGGUAGGAGUGGAGGACCAUCUUGGUUCUAAUGAUCAGGUCUUCACGUAUAAUAGUGCCAACAGGGAAACCUGUGAACACAGCCAUGGCCAAUGCUCCCAGCAUGCCUUCUGCACCGACUAUGCCACUGGCUUCUGCUGCUACUGCCAGUCCAGGUUUUAUGGAAAUGGGAAGCACUGUCUGCCAGAAGGAGCACCUCACCGAGUCAAUGGGAAAGUGAGUGGCCACCUCCGAGUGGGUCACACUCCUGUGCACUUUACUGAUGUGGAUCUCCAUGCUUACAUUGUGGGCAAUGACGGCAGAGCCUACACUGCCAUCAGCCACAUCCCACAGCUGGCAGCCCAGGCCCUUCUCCCUGUCAUCCCAAUUGGAGGCCUGUUUGGCUGGCUCUUUGCUUUGGAGAAGCCAGGCUCUGAGAAUGGCUUCAGCCUCACAGGUGCUACUUUUGUGCAUGAGGUGGAAGUUACGUUUUACCCUGGAGAAGAGAGGGUUCGUAUCACUCAAACUGCUGAGGGGCUUGACCCAGAGAACUAUCUGAGCAUUAAGACCAACAUUGAGGGUCAGGUGCCCUUCAUUCCGGCGAAUUUCACAGCUCUCAUUGCUCCAUACAGAGAGCUUUAUCAUCACGGGGACUCAGCUGUGACCUCUUCCAGUUCCAGAAGUUUCUCUCUCACUUCUGGUUCUAUCAACCAAACAUGGUCCUACCACAUAGACCAGAACAUCACUUACGAGGCAUGCCGGCAUGCCCCCAGACACUUGGCCAUCCCUGCCACCCAGCAGCUGACUGUGGACCGGGCUUUUGCUUUAUACAGUGAGGAUGAGGGUGUGCUGCGAUUUGCUGUGACCAAUCAGAUUGGCCCUGUGGAAGUGGACUCAGCCCCCGCACCAGUGAGCCCUUGCUAUGAUGGGAGCCACACCUGUGACACAACAGCAAAGUGCCAUCCAGGGACAGGUAUAGACUACACCUGUGAGUGCACCCCUGGGUUCCAGGGAGACGGACGGAGCUGUGUGGAUGUCAAUGAAUGUGCCACUGGCUUUCAUCACUGUGGCCCCAAUUCUGUGUGUGUCAAUGUGCUGGGAAGUUACAGAUGUGAGUGUCGCAAUGGCUAUGAAUUUGCAGAUGACCAGCACACUUGUGUCUUGAUCGCCCCACCUUCCAAUCCUUGUCUUGAUGGUAGUCACACCUGUGCUCCUGAGGGGCAGGCCCAGUGUAUUCACCAGGGAGGCAGUUCAUUCAGCUGUGCUUGCCUGCCAGGCUUUGUUGGCACGGGACAUCAGUGUUCUGAUGUUGAUGAAUGUGCGGAAAACAGAUGUCAUGAGGCAGCUACCUGCUACAAUACCCCUGGGUCCUUCUCUUGUCGUUGCCAGCCUGGGUAUCACGGGGAUGGGUUUUACUGCACAUCUGAUUCCAUCUCAAACCUGAAGCCCUGUGAACACCAGCAGCGCUAUGCCCAGGCACAGCAUGCCUACCCUGGGUCACGAGUCCACAUCCCCCAAUGUGAUGACCAGGGCAACUUCAUGCCACUGCAGUGCCAUGGCAACACUGGCUUCUGUUGGUGUGUGGACCAGAAUGGCCAUGAAGUCCCUGGCACCCAGACUCCACCUGGCUCCACCCCUCCUCACUGUGGACCACCAUCAGAGCCCACCCAGAGGCCUCGGACGGUCUGUGAGCGCUGGAGGGAAAAUCUGCUGGAACACUAUGGGGGCACACCCAGGGAUGACCAGUAUGUGCCCCAGUGUGACGACCUGGGCCACUUCAUACCCCUACAGUGCCAUGGGAGGAGUGACUUCUGCUGGUGUGUGGACAAGGAUGGCAGAGAACUGCAGGGCACACGCUCACAACCAGGCACCAUGCCUGCAUGUAUCCCUACUGUCACUCCACCUAUAGUCCGACCUACACCCCGCCCUGAUGUGACUCCUCCAUCUGUGGGCACCUUCCUGCUCUAUGCCCAGGGCCAGCAGAUUGGCCACUUGCCUCUCAAUGGCAGCAGGCUUCAGAAGGAUGCAGCCAGGACUCUGCUGUCACUGCAUGGCUCCAUAGUUGUGGGGAUUGACUAUGACUGCCAGGAGAGGAUGGUCUACUGGACAGAUGUCGCUGGUCGGACCAUCAGUCGCGCCAGCCUGGAAGCAGGAGCAGAACCCGAGACCAUCCUUACCUCAGGUCUGAUAAGCCCUGAAGGACUUGCCAUCGACCAUGUUCGCCGAAGGAUGUACUGGACAGAUAGUGGCCUGGAUAAGAUAGAGCGGGCAGGGCUGGAUGGUUCCGAGCGGAAGGUCCUCUUUCACACAGAUUUGGUGAAUCCACGAGCCAUCACUGUGGAUCCAAUCCGAGGCAACUUGUACUGGACAGACUGGAAUAGAGAAGCUCCUAAAAUUGAAACAUCAUCUUUAGAUGGAGAAAACAGAAGAAUUCUGAUCAACAAAGAUAUUGGAUUACCCAAUGGGUUAACUUUUGAUCCCUUCUCCAAACUGCUGUGCUGGGCAGAUGCAGGAACCAAGAAACUGGAAUGUACACUACCUGAUGGAACCGGACGGCGUGUCAUCCAAAAUCAUCUCAAUUACCCCUUCAGCAUCGUCAGCUAUGCAGAUCACUUUUACCAUACAGACUGGCGGAGGGAUGGUGUCAUAUCAGUGAAUAAAGACAGUGGUCAAUUUACCGAUGAGUAUCUCCCCGAGCAGCGGUCUCACCUCUAUGGGAUCACUGCAGUCUACCCCUACUGUCCAACAGGAAGAAAAUGAACAUAAAAUGUAUAGGAGGAUUUCAAGUUUACAACAAGAAUCUUGACCUAAGAACAUUUACUACAAAGGCAAAGGCAGUGGAAUAGGAAUUGGUCGUUAUGAGCUCUGGGCACACAAGAUGAGCAUUUUUAGUGCAGCUAAAAUAUAAGUAUAUUUUGUGAAGUGUAUACCUCAAUCAUUACUACUGUAUUUUUUAAAAACAAAGGUUAUCAGAAGUUUAAAGAAUUUUAGUCAUUGCUUAUUAAAGCAACUUUUUGUAACACUUAUUUAAAAGACCAAAUUUAUUCAACAAAGACCCAGCAAGAGCUUAAGACACUAAAUCUAAUUUUUGCCAUGGAUUCUACCUGCCCAAGAAAAGUAAAACACAUGGCUGGUUAUGAAAAUUUUUUCCUGAAGUCGUCUGAGAGCCCUGUAACAGAUUAUGAUGAUCACCAGGAUGAACCAACCUGCUUAUACUUCCCAGCAAAAGUCCUCACUUUAUUUAUAUUAAAGGUGCUAAAUGAUCCCCUAAGUGCCUCUACAGAAGCAUUCCUCAAAGUAUUCCAUGUAAAACACCAAAGAUAUAGCAGUUCUUAAAUUUUCUAUGUAAAUCCAAUAAAAUAUUUUAAAGCUUUCUAA